CCUAUUUAUAUUAAUUUUUCUUCAAAAUAUCUUUAUCAAAAUUGUUAUUUUUGUAUGUUUUAAAGUAAAAAAUGUACCUUGCUUAGCAUAAAUGCCGGAAAUCAGCAGUUGGACACAUUAUGCCAUCUCAAACAGUGAAUUUAGCGCAUGCGCAAGGAAACAGGAAAAAUUAUUCCGAGUGGUUUGCAGUUUUUCGACAAGUGUGCUGUGUACAUAUGCAUUAGUGGUUAUAAAAUUGUUAGAAAAAAUGGAUUAAUCAAUUUAAGAACUUUGUUGCUUAAGAAAUAAAGGAAUACAAUAAAAUAACAUAAAGGACAGUAAGCUAAAAUCAAAAACUUGCCGACAAUGUACUUUUGUACUUUUUGUUAUGGAGGAGGUGUAUGUGGAAAAUCGAUAAAGCAAAUUUCGUUCUGUAAACAGGAUUAAACAAAAAUAAAGAUGAAGUGAAAAAACAGGAUAUUGCAUUUAAAAAUUUAAGUUCAUCGAACCUUCCAAAAUCGGAAAGUAAUAAUUCUUCGAUUAUGACUUCGAAUGGAAGUGACCUGGGGCACAAUAAUAGGCGAAAUGAGAAGUCGAAUCCUGACAACGUUCACGCCUCGAUGCGUGGAAAUGGAAGUUCCACGCGAAGAAAGUCCAUAAACUUCCAAAAUCAGCUCCAACUGGCUUUAGAGUCGAAUGAGUGCGAUGUGAUGUACUGCAGUCUGUCUUCUGGACGCUAUCGCGCUCCGAAUGGCGAGAAUUUCCCGCCGCACAGUGGCAAGCUGAAGCUAUCUCCGCUGGAAAAGUACGAUGAAGCGAGUAGGGGUGUACCGCCGCCUUCGCCGGCUCCGAAUAGCGAUUGUUUUGCCACCUGUGUGGCCAAUCAGCUUCCGACUCAGUCGUGCAAUGUUGGGUCCGUCAAGCCGGAUACUUCAGUGCUACAGAAGCAUGGAAUCGGUGGGACCGGAAUGGGAGGCGGUGGAAUGGGUGGGAACAGUAGCUACCAUCAGCGUGGUGUUUCGCCGAACUCUAGAUAUCGUUUGGAGCGCUAUCGCGAGUCGCAGUCAACUCCCCAGACAAAGAUGAUGGAGAACAUGGGCGGAAUGCCGCCAGCAGUGUCCUCGGUCUCCUCCACCCGUCUCCUACUGCCAUCCAAUGUACCCUUGCCACUUUCACAGUGCGAAAACUACAAUGCCUACUUGGGAUCCACGGUGCAUACGCCGGUCAAGAGGUAUGUGCCCACCCCACCUCCUGCCAUGGAACUCUACUCAGACCUGAGCAUUUCCUCUUCACCGGCGGGAAAUCUUCCCACACCCGCCGCAGCCGCCGCAGCAUCAACAUCAACAUCUGGAGUACAGUCGCAGUAUGUCAAUAUGCCGUACAACUACCGCUCCAAGUGCUGCCACAAUGAAACCUCGCACGGAAGUCUCAGUCGCACUUCUCAGACUUACGCAAGCUGUUCGCCGGCCUGCACUUCACCAUCGCCGGCUCCUUCCACUAGUAUGUCGAUGGUUUUCUCGGCAGCCAGCUCCUGCUCGCCAAUAAUGACGGCCACCAGCUCCUCGAGAUCGGGAAACCACAGGGGCGAUGACAACGAAUCCGUCAUUGUGGUGGCUCCCGGCGGAGGUUCCGUAGCUCAGUUAGAAGUGGACAAUCCUUCUGGAACUUGCCUUCACUGUAAUACAGUGCGUCGUACCACUGGAGUUCAUCAGACCACCCAGACCACAGGUCCUAUUAGCCCAGUUCCCAUAUCCCUGCCCGUGCCCAUGCCUAUGCCAGUGAUCCCUAGUCUAACUGAACAGAUUCCCAGCCAGAACAUGGAAUCCAGUAUGGUGUCAGUGCAGGCAAAGCGUCUCGAUGGCGGUGGCAACAUGGUCGUGCCUCCAGGAUCAAACCAACACCAGAUAUAUCGCAACCAGAUGGCUAGCAACCCGCGCCUGCAGCAGAUCCAUCAUCAGACGCAACAGCACCAGUCACUUCAGGUGCUACCGCAACCGCAGAAUCAUCACUUGUCCUGCAAGAAGCGCAUUGGCAUCUACAUGAGGCGUACCACCUCCCAGUUCUUUGGCGUGGAACCGAGUACAGAGGUUGCGGAUUGUGCACUGUGGCAAGGACGUCAUCGACGCCUGGCGAUCCGCUGUUUUGGGAUGUUUGACACAGAGCUAGAAUACCACAUGCAGCAGUCCAUCGGUAUCGGCGGCGGCAACGAGGACGUGGUGCAAGGCAAUGGAGCCAAUAACAAUUAUGCACCAGAUCGACCAGACAUUCUGCCUGUUCAGGAUGCUAUUGGCAUGGAUAUAACACUUUCUGGCGAUAGCAGACGGCAAAAGUGCUAUACCAAUCGAGAUUUUUUGGCCGGGGAGUUCGUGGAGCGUAAGGCAUCGGUGGGUUACAUGUUUGUUGCUAUGGUCAGUUAUCUGGUGCAUAUGUUCAACAAGCGUAGACCCAUCCAGAUGCACAGGGUGCGAUGCCCUUGGCAAUGGUCCCGCAGCUUUGCCCCCCUUCAUGUCACAACCCACAACAAUCAGCAGGCAGACGCGGACUGCUUGACAGAUGGUCUGGAGGCUAUCAUCGAUGAUGAGGUAUUUUUCGAUAGUCCCUGCGAGGUUACCACCUCGUCGGUGAACGACGAAAGCUCCGAGAUUGGCAGACAAACAGCAAAGCCUCGUCCUUGUGCCGAUCCUUCAAGCGUAGGGGUUAGUGUCUACAUGGCAGAGAGGCAGCAGAACGGUUGGCGAACCUCCGCUUUGAAUAGUGGUGGUAACGCCAGCAGUGAUAUCAAUCUAACCGCGGAUCAGUCUUCCCAUCCAGCUGGCGCAUCUCACAUACCCCUUUGCAGCUCGGUGUCUAGCCAAAUGCAGCCAGCCAUGCGAAGCUCACACUCCACUUCUUCCACCUGCAAUCGGGGCAAUCGGAUAACUGCCCAGUUGCUCGAUGGAGUCCUGGAGAACUCUAGACGUCCGCCGCUACGUUGCAUCAAGUACUUUUCAGUGAACGACUUGGACGAUAGAACUGAUCAUCGGCCCUUCUUCACAUACUGGAUCAACACGGUGCAGGUGGUGGUGCUAAUGCUGUCUAUCAUUUGUUAUGGCAUUGCUCCCAUUGGCAUUGGAUCGGAACAAAAGACGGGACAGGUGCUGGUGACUAGCCUCAGUUUGCAGACGGUUCAGCAUGUCGAGCAAAGGAACCUUUGGAUCGGUCCCAGAAACAUUGACCUGGUUCACAUGGGUGCUAAGUUCGCCGCAUGCAUGCGACGGGACAUUAAGAUCACCGAGGUGGUCACGAAGACAAGGCGACACGAGAGGGAAACGGCAUGCUGCAUUCGCAACGAUGACUCCGGCUGCGUUCAAAGCUCCCAGGCGGAGUGCUCCAUCCGAGGACUUUACCCUACGAAAUCAAUAUCCACGUGGAAGAAAUGGUCUCCCAGCGAGUCUGGACCAGGAGGAAGAAUCUCAGGGUCCGUUUGCGGACUGGAUCCCAAGUUUUGCGAUGCCCCAGCUUCGAUAGCUCCAUACGAGUGGCCCGAUGACAUUACGAAGUGGCCAAUCUGCCGGAAAACGAAUUCCUUUACCCAAAGAUAUCGGUACAAGGAUCAUACGUCUGAGCACAUGGUAUGCGAGGUGAUUGGACAUCCGUGCUGUACGGGCUUAUAUGGAGAGUGCCGCAUAACGACACGCGAGUACUGUGACUUUAUUAAAGGAUAUUUUCAUGAGGAAGCAUCGCUGUGUUCACAGAUAUCGUGCCUAAACAAUGUGUGCGGCAUGUUCCCAUUCAUUUCCGUGGAGACUCCAGAUCAGUUGUACAGACUGUUGACAUCGCUGUGCAUGCACGCCGGAAUUUUGCAUCUGGCCAUUACCCUAAUAUUUCAGCACUUGUUUUUGGCCGAUCUAGAGAGAUUGAUUGGAACCGUUCGUACUGCAAUCGUCUACAUUAUGUCGGGAUUUGCUGGAAACCUCACGAGCGCCAUAUUAGUGCCUCAUCGGCCAGAGGUUGGACCAUCGGCAUCGCUUAGUGGCGUAGUGGCCUCGCUCAUUGCCCUGUUGGUUUGGAUGCACUGGAAGUAUCUGCACAAGCCACACAUCGCGCUCUUCAAAUUGCUGCUCCUGUGCAGCGUUUUGGUCGGUAUCGGAACACUGCCUUAUCAGCUGAACUUCCUGGGAUUGCUGGCUGGAGUGAUCUGCGGCUGCCUUUUAACCAUGUCCCUAGUGCCAUUUACAACAUUUUCGAAAUACGGUCGUAAGAAAAAGAUAAAUCUCAUUUGGACUUGCGUGCUGUUUCACGUCAUCGUGUACACUGCAAUGAUAGUAACGUUUUAUAUUCACCCCAGUGAAUUUCACUCCAUAAGCUUUGUAGAUAUGUUUAGUAAUAACAACGGAUAUGAAAAUUUCACCAACACCGAUCAUCAUGGCGUUGAUGUUGUAAGCAGUAAUACUCGAUACUCACAGACGCAGAACUCCCAAUAUUAUUAUCAUCAUCACUCAGAUGACAUUAUAAGGAAGAGCGUUACCUUCACAGAAAAAGCUCUCGUUUCGCACAUUUUAUAUCCCGCUGCGCCGCGGAAAACGAGCGCUCAACAAUGGCAGGAAGUAGAGUAUAGUCGUUCGUUUAAUCACCUUUCAAACUAUAGUGAUCGAAUUAAAAAAAGUAUUGGAAAUAUAUCAAAGCUUAAGCAAGUGUUCACUUCACCCAUUAGAUUCUCAAACAAGAACAACCACUCUAAUCUUAUGACUGAAUUAACAUCGGUGCACUCCGAAAAUAAACAGAAAUAUUUAGGUUACAUCAAUAAUACUGAAUUUAACGUCCUUUAAUAUUUUACAUAUUAAUUGAAUCAAUUCAUGACAACAAAAAUUUGACAAGUUUGAGUGCACAAAUAGAUAACAAUUAUAUGAAUAACGCAUUAAAUGUCUAUUUAUGUAUGUAUAAUCCGAACUUCAAAUGAAUAAAGAAUAAUUAGUAUUUAAAAGUUUUGGCGCUUUAUUUGCUUACAUUUUAUAAACAAGAUGGCUGAAGAAA